CUCUCUCUCUCUCUCUCUCUUUGUUUCUCUCUCUAAAUACUCUCUCUCUAAAUUCUCUCUCUCUCUCUCUCUCUCUCGCUCUCUCUCUCUCUGCUCUUUCCCUCCAAAAUUGCUCCUUCUACGGCCACGGAUCAAACCCUAGCGGAGCGGCCACGCCCCGCCGGAGCAGCCGCCGCCGACCUGGGAGACUGCGUGAGCACGGGAGGGGGAGGAGGAGGAGAUCAGAUGACGCGGAUGACCCCUCUGCGGCGGCGUACGGUCUCCGGCGACGCAGAGCCGCCGCCGCCGGAGGCGGUGGCGGAUGCGGAGGGGGCGGAGGCGGAAGCCCCCGCCACGCCGACGACGUGGUACGAGCCCCUCUCGCCUACGGCGCCGGCGACGCACGCCGACGCUGACGCCGAGGGCUCGCCCUCGAGGCCCCUUAGGGUCUACGCCGAUGGGAUCUACGACCUCUUCCACUUCGGCCACGCCCGAGCCCUAGAGCAGGCGAAGAAGCUAUUCCCCAACACAUAUUUGUUAGUUGGGUGCUGCAGUGAUGAAAUUACCCAUAGAUACAAAGGAAAAACAGUUAUGACUGAGGCCGAGCGUUACGAGUCUCUUCGUCACUGCAAGUGGGUUGAUGAGGUUAUACCUGACGCUCCAUGGGUCAUCACUCCAGAGUUCAUUGACAAGCACAACAUAGAUUAUGUGGCUCAUGAUGCCCUCCCAUAUGCAGAUGCAAGUGGAGCAGGGAACGAUGUCUACGAAUUUGUUAAAGCCAUUGGAAAGUUUAAAGAGACAAAGCGUACCGAUGGCAUUUCUACAUCUGAUAUAAUCAUGAGGAUUGUUAAAGAUUACAAUGAGUAUGUCAUGCGCAAUUUAACCCGUGGAUACAGUAGAAAGGACCUUGGCGUGAGCUAUGUGAAGGAAAAGCAAUUGAGAGUGAACAUGGGGAUAUCUAAACUGCGUGAAAAGGUGAAGGAACAUCAGGAGAAGUUUCAUAUGGCGGCCAAGACUGCUGGGAUGAAUCCCGUUGAGUGGAUGGAGAACGCUGAUAGAUUGGUUGCAGGUUUUCUUGAGAAAUUCGAGGAAGGAUGCCACAUAAUGGAAACUGCGAUUAAGGAUCGGAUUCAGGAGGGACUAAAGAGACAACAGAGCAAAUCGAGGACCAAUCUCCUUGAUGAACCGGAAGCUUCAUGAUCUCUCUUUUCUCGGUAUUAAAUAUCGAACACCUGAUACAUUGCCUUUUCCUUUUUCACCUUUUGAAAAUCCCUUCUUCUGUUCUUGUUGUUGUUGUUCUCUCCUUUAUUAAGAUUGGUUGUUUUACUGUUAGUGCAAGCAAUUAUCAAAUGAUGCUGCAGCAUCCUUCCUUGAGAAUAAAGCAGUUGGAAUGAUGAUGUUUUUUUUUUUUUGUUUUUCUUUUCUUUUUUGAUGUCAAAUAUGUUGUUAUUAAAGAAGAAAUAAUCCAGUGUAUACUAAUUCCUUUCUUCUUAAAUGCAACUUAGCAUUCUCUCUCUC